AUGAGCAGAGAAGGCUCACCCCCUCCAUCCACUGUGGUGGUCCCCGAGACCAGUUACCCAGAAUCUCGGGUCUUGAUCAUCGGUACUGGUGGAACAAUCUGUAUGCAACAAGGUCCAGAUGGUCUUCAGCCUACCGACAACUUCUUGGAGAAUGCAAUGGCUCCUCGUCCAUCAUUCAAUGACUUCUCAAACCCUGGCACACUCCCCGCUGUUCGUGAUGGAGAAAAGAUCCAGAUUGACAGUCUUCGCACUCCUGCUACAGCAUACAACCGUCAUGUCCGCUACGGUAUUAUCGAGUUCAGUCCUCUGCUUGACUCGAGCUCUAUCUCUGCACACGACUGGGAUGCUAUGGCUUCGUGUGUUGAAGAGAAUUACCACUUAUUCGAUGGUUUCGUCAUUCUCCACGGAACAGACUCUCUCGCUUACACGGCCUCUGCACUCUCUUUCAUGAUGGAGAACUUGGGAAAGCCUGUUAUUCUCACCGGAUCUCAAGCGCCCAUCUUUGCUCUUCAAUCCGAUGGUGUGGAUAAUCUUCUCGGCUCACUUAUCAUCGCUGGAACAUUCACUAUCCCCGAAGUCUGCCUCUUCUUCCACCACCGUUUGUACCGCGGUAACCGCAGUGCAAAGGUUUCUGCGACUGAGUUCGAGGCGUUCGCCAGUCCUAACAGCGAACCCAUCGCCAAGGUCAAUGGCCUUGGUAUCAGUGUCAAUUGGCCUCUUGUCCUUCGCCCUACCUCGAUCGCCAAGUUCCAUGUUACAAAGGGUCUUGACACUACUCACGUCGCCUGUUUGCGUGUGUUCCCUGGUAUCAAGCCCGAGAUGAUUGACGCCGUUCUUCAUCUGCCCGAUAUUCGUGGUCUGAUUCUCGAGACAUUUGGAAUGGGUAACAUCCCUGGUGGCGCCGAUGGUCGUCUUACACAGAUCAUCAAGGCUGCCGUCGAACGAGGCAUUGUCGUUGUCAACGUCAGUCAAUGUGUUAACGGGUUUGUUUCUCCUGUAUAUGCUCCAGGCACAGUUCUUGGCCGUGCAGGUGUCAUCUUCGGUCUCGAUCUCACUGCCGAGGCAGCUCUUACCAAAGUAUCAUACCUCCUCGCCAAACCCGAUCUAUCAACCAAAGAAAUUCAGGAGCAGCUCUCUCGGUCACUACGCGGAGAGAUGACAGAGAUUGCCCACCAGAGCUUCUCCCACCCCUCAGGCACACUCGACUUCGCCGCAUCUCACCUUACCCCAAGCGAAACAGCUUUCUCCGCACUCGGAUAUGCCAUCGAGAACGGCGAGCUCAAACUCGUCAAAGAGCUUCUGAAGGGCGAAGGCGCGCAGUUGCUUAAGCAAAAGGACUACGCGGGCAACACUGCAGUGCAUCUUGCGGCAGUGGCUGGCAACACCGAGAUCCUUCUGGAGCUGUUGCAACAGGGCGCAAGUGUGCACGAACGUAACAAGGCGAACCACUCGCCUCUAUUUGUCGCUGUCAAGUCAGGCCAAGAACCUUGUGCGCAGCUGCUGCGCAUUGCAGGCGCGCACUUGGCGGUGGAGGAGAGAGAGACGAUGCCUGGGUACGUGACACCCAAGUACAGCCACUUUGGCAAGCAUGGCCUGUGA